AUGAUCGGAAGCACGAACGGCUCCAAGUCUGCCUUGUGCACUGUGGAAGAAUUCACAGCGGAGACCUUCGACUAUAUCGUUAUUGGAGGAGGAACGUCUGGCCUUGUCGUCGCUGCGAGGUUGACGGAAAACCCGAACGUCAAGGUCGGCGUGCUUGAAGCUGGAAAAAACUUGAUGGACGACCCCCAAAUCAGCACACCAGGUCUCUACCCAACCCUCAUCGGCCGCGAGAAAUAUGACUGGUGCUACCAAAGCGAACUCGUCCCCACAGCCGGCAACAAAACCUACUCAAUGCCCCGCGGGCGCUGCCUCGGUGGCUCCUCCGCCAUAAACUACCUCAUGUACGUCCGUGGCUCGCGCGGCGACUACAACGGCUGGGCCUCUCUCGGCAACGACGGCUGGGACUGGGACUCGAUGCUCCCCUACUUCAAAAAGCAUCAAACGCUCGACCCGGCCGAAAACGGCGAGCAUCCCGACAAGCAGUUCAUGCCGACCGGUGCGAAGGAGAAGUUUCAUGGGAGUAGCGGCCCGAUUCAUACGAGUUUUAAUGAUUAUUAUGAGCCUUUCGAGUAUGAUUUUUGCGAGGCGGCGUAUGAGGUUGGGGGAGGGGAGAGGACGCUGGUUGAUGCGUGGGGUGGGGAUCAUAUGGGGUUCUAUUCGAGUCUGGCGGCGGUGAAUAGAUCCGAUGAUCCUGGGAAGAGGAGUUAUAGUGCUACGGGAUAUUUGAGGCCGAACCUUGGAAGGGGCAAUUUGAAGGUGCUGUGUGAGGCGCAUGUGAGUAAGGUUUUGCUGGAUGGGAAUACGGCCAAGGGGGUUGAGUUUAUCUAUGGACGGCAGAAGCUGCAGGUUAAGGUUUCGAAGGAGGUCAUUUUGUCGGGUGGUGUUAUUGCCAGUCCGCAGAUUUUGGAGUUGAGUGGUAUCGGUGAUCCAGAGGUGCUGAAGGCUGCGGGUGUGGAAUGUGUUGUGCAGAACGACCGUGUCGGGGCGAACUUCCAGGAUCACGUUCUCGGCGGUAUGCUCUACGACCUCAAACCAGGGACCCAAUCCCUCGACUCCAUGCACGGCGCCGAAUACGCCGCACAACAACAAGCGCUCUACGAGAAGACCAACAACGGUCCAUUAGGCUCGCCAGGAAUGCUCAUGGGUUUUGUGUCCUACGCCUCUCUCGUCGAUAAGGAGACUUUGGACAACACCAUCAAGGAGAUCCGCGCCAACUCCCUGGCCAAGACCGAUUUCGAGAAGCGUCAGGAAGAUGUCAUCGUCAAGCAACUCUCUGACCCUACCUUCGCCAACAUUCAGACCUUCUGCAUCGGCUGCCAACUUGAUGUCAGCAAGGGCGAGAGUCAGAUCGAGUUCUUCGGUGCACCACCGGAGGGGCAAACUCGCGUUUCGCUUCUGGUCUGUUUGGAGCAUCCUAUGUCACGAGGUACGGUGCAUAUCACGAGUUCAGAUCCUUUGAAGCAUCCCAAGAUCGAUCCAGGGUACUUCCGCAACCCUGCAGAUGCCAAAAUCAUGUCCGAGGGCAUCAAGUGGAUGGACAAGGUCGCAAAGAAGCCAGUAAUGGCCAAGAGUCUCGCUGAUCGCGUCCUUCCACCACAGGAUGCCAGUAUCGAGACUGAGGAGGAUCGUGUGGAGUUUGUGAAGAAACACAUCUCGACUCAAUACCAUCUGAUCGGUACCUGCACAAUGGGUGAGGUCGUCGAUAACCAGUUGAAGGUCAAGGGCGUCAAGAACCUUCGAGUGAUCGAUGCCUCUGUCUUUCCAGGCCAUGUCUCUGGCAACAUUAUGUCGACGACUUAUGCGGUCGCUGAGAAGGGUGCCGACAUGAUUAAGGCUGAUGAUGGACGGUACUAG